GCAGUAGUUGACAUGAUACUGACCCUUUUGGUUGUAGCAUAAGCUGCUAUUUAUCUUGAUCUGUUUUAUUUGAUUAAGAUCAGCGAGCAAGCUGCGGCCUUCUUUUGCUUCGAUCCAUCUCCACUUGUUUUUUUGCUGGCUGGAGUUUCUUUUAAUUGUUUGCUUAGCUCUGCAGCUUCGAUUUGUUCCGAAACUUUGUUGAUCUAUCUGUGCUGUUGUUGCUCAGAUCAGCUCGCAAGGAACUAACACACUUUAUUUUUUAGAUCUUAGAAUUCUGACUCCAUAUCUUGAUCUCGAUGGCUUGCACGCCGUACUACAACACCUGCACAGCCCGCCACGCCACGAAGAACGCCCCGUCAUUUCCGCGACCGCCGGCGCCACCCCAGGCUCCGCGCGCCAAGGAGCCACAGCCACACAAGAUGGCCGUCGCUCCUGAACCAUCCAAGAAGAGGGUGGCGCCGGGGACUGGACUGGAGGAGUGGACGGAGACGGCGGACUCGCUCUACUCCGUGUCCCCACCGCCGAGCAGCGUACCGAUGCCUACGUCCCUGUUGCUCACAGUCACGCCGCCGACCGCCUGCGCCGUGGAUGUCGGCGCCACCGACGAGCUCCGACGGAUCCUCAAGCUUUAGCUGCGACGAUGCGGCUAUGGCAUCGCAACAAAGAUGUGAUCUGCGUGACUGUCCGUUCUCUUUAGCGAGCAAGCGAGCUUCAUGGUCUCGUCCCAAAGUUGUACUAUUCUAGUAAUCGAAUGUUCCAAUGCGUUGUGUUUUCCAUUCCAACCAAACCACGCAUUCGAGUAUGAGAUGUUGCUUUUUUUUCUUUUUUUUUGUAAUCGAAUGUGUCCGUAUUGUGUUCCGAACCACUAAUUAAUUCCAGUAUGAGAUGUCUCCGUUUGAA